AUGCAGUCCAUGAAAAAGAAGAUCGUUCUAGCUCUCAAAAAGCAGCAGGCGGAGCUUCAAUCCAAAGUCCAGGAGGCCGAGCGAGCGCGUGACGAGGCUCUAAAGCGAGCUGAAGCCGCGGAAUCAGGAGCUUCUAACGGAGAUGCGUCUAAAGGAGCGGAUCCGGCCGUGUUGCAGCAGCUGCAGGACCAACUGAAUGGGUCUCAGCAGGAACUGAAAAUGCUCAGGGAAGAGUACGUGGUCGCGAGCGAGAAGGUCAAGGCUGCGGAAGAUCAGGCCAGAUCAGCGGAAGAGGAGAGAAAGAAAGCUAUGGACGACGCAAAUGCGGCUCAGAAGAGCCUUCGCGCGACGAAAGAGGAGGUCCAGAUGGUACGGGAGCAGUGGACGGCCGCGCAAGGCGCGCUGAUGACCACUCAGGAGGAGCUUACAAGUCUGCAGGAGCAGCUGCGGAAAGCGCAGGGAGAGGCGCGGGAAGCGCAGGAAGGGCGCACGGCGGCGCAGCAGGCGCUCCAGGCGCUGGGGGAGCGGGUGAAGGCGGCGGAAGCGGAGAAGCGGAGCGAUCAAGCGGAGCAGCGGCGCGCGCAGGAGGUGGUGGCGCGCGCGGAGCAGCAGCUGAAAGCCGCGCAGGCGGAGCGCGAGAAGGCGAUGGAGGCGCUAAGUGCUGCGCGGAGAGAGCUGGAGGGUUCUCGGGCAGACGGGGAAAAAUUGACCGGGCAGCUGAAAGCAAUUCAGGUGGAACUGGAAGCUUCGAAGGAAGAUGGGAGCAAGCUGCAGGCGCUGGUGGCGGAUUUUCAGAAGAAGCUUCCUGCGGUGGAGCAGGAGAAGGAAGGGUUGAGAGCGGAUAAGGAUAAGAUGGAAGCGGAGAUUAAAGCGCUAAGGGAUGAGCUUGAGGGUCUGAGACACGGCAAGGAAGCUUCGCUGGAAGAGCUGCGUGCUCAAGUCGAAAGUUCCCGGAAGGAGCUGGGGGAAGUCAAAGCGGAGUUGGAGAAGGCGAAGGAGGAGGUCGGAAAGGCUCAAUGCGAGGCGACGAACAAGGGUGCGCAGGUAGAGGAGUUGCUUCAGGCGCAGGCGGCGCUUCAGGUGGAGAUUGAGAAGGCCAAGGCAGCGGCAUCAGAGGCGCAGGAAGAACUGGGGAAGGUGCGAUGUGAGGCGACGAACAAGGGGGCACAGGUAGAGGAGCUGCUUCAGGCGCAGGCGGCGCUACAGGGGGAGGUUGAGAAGGCCAAGGCAGCGGCCGCAGAGGCGCAGGAGGAACUGGGGAAGGUGCGAUGUGAGGCGACGAACAAGGGCGCGCAAGUAGAGGAGCUGCUUCAGGCGCAGGCGGCGCUUCAGGGGGAGAUUGAGAAGGCCAAGGCAGCGGCAGCAGAGGCGCAGGAAGAACUGGGGAAGGUGCGAUGUGAGGCGACGAACAAGGGCGCGCAGGCAGAGGAGCUGCUUCAGGCGCAGUCAGCGUUGACAGGCGAGGUUGAAGAGGUGAAGGCCGCAGCAGCUAAGUCAGCGGCGGCGGCAGCAGACGCAGAGGCGGCGCUUCAGGCGCAGCUGGCAGACGCGAAGAAGGAAGUCGCCAGCCUUACCUCACAGCUGAAGGGCAUGCGAGGGGCCAUGGAUCACGUGCAGAAGGCUGCUUCGGAAACAGAGGAGAGGAUCCAGAAAGAGCUGGCAGAUCUCGCCGCCAAGUCAGAUUCCCUCAAAGCCCAGCUGGCAGCUGCACAAUCCGAGCUGGCAGCUGCGCAGGCUGAGCUGGCAUCGACAAAAUCCACGCUGGAAAAGGAGAUUCAUUCAAGAGAGGCAGCGCAGAGAGAAGCAGAGGAGGCACGAGCGGCAUUGGACUCUUUCCAGGAAAGUGCAGGAAAGGAGCAGCAGCAGGCUGGGGAGCUGUGGCAGCAACUUCUAGACACGCGAAAGCAGGUUGCAGCAGAGACAGAUAGGGCGGAUGGGAAGGUGGAAGGGAGGGUGAAGGAGUUGGGGGAGGAAGUUGCUGGGAAGGAGGGCGAGGUGGCUGGGCUGAGGGGGGAGUUGGAAGCUGCGCUGAAGGCAGCUGAGCAGGCGAAGGCGGAGGGUGAGAAGCGAAGGGAGGAGGGUGAGAAGGUCAGGAAGGAGAUGGAUGAGGUUGUGGGGAGCAAGGACGCGGAGAUUAAAGCUAAAGAGGAGGAGAUUCGCGGGUUGAAGGAGCAGCUGGAGCAAGCAGUAGCGGAGAAGGGAUCAGGGGAGGCGCAGGCUGCAAAGAUGGGCGAAGACAGGAAGGCUCUAGAGGGGAGGGUGGCGGAGCUUGAAGGGGAGUUGGAGAGGGCGAAAGCGGAGGUGGAGAGCCGUAAAGAGGAGUUGGAGAGGGCGAAAGGGGAAGCAGAGAAAGCGAAAGAGGAGGCCGAGAGCAUCAAAGGGGAACUCGAGAAGGUGAAAGAGGAGGCAGAGAGGGCGAAAGGGGAGGUGGAAAAGGGUGUGGGUGAAUUGGAGAAGGCGAGAGGGGAGCUGAAGGCAGCAGAGGAGAGGGUGAGAGAGUUGGAGGAGAAAGAGGGAGAGUGGGAAGGGAGAGAGGCUGAGGUGAGAAAGAAAUUGGAAGAAGCAGAAGCAGCUUUGGGUGUGGCUAAGGCUGAAGCAGCAGCAGCAGGGGCGGAGGCGGCAGGUGCAGCGGCGGCAGGGGCUGUGGCAGGAGAGGCGCGAGUGGCAGAGCUUGAAGAGGCGUUGAAAGCGGUGAAGAGGGAGAAGGAGCGGUUGGAGGAGGAGUUGGAGGAGGCGUUGGGGAAGGCGAGGGAGGUGGAGAGGAGGAGGGAGCAGGCACAGGCGGAGAUUGAGGCAGAGCGGCAGGGGAUGAGGGAGAAGAGUGAGAAGGAGAGUGCAGAGAGGGCGGAUGGAGAGAAGAGAGUGAGUGAGCUCACAGCUGAACUGGAAGGAGUGAAGGCGAGGGUAGAAGCAGCAGAGCUAGAGGCAGGGAGGAUGAGAGAGGAGGCGGAGAGGGGGAGAGAGCAGCUGGCUAUGUCUGGCGGGGCGCAGGCUGAGGAGCUGGCGAAGGUGAAUGCUGAGCUGGCGAAGGCGAACGCUGAGCUGGCGAGGGUGUCCGGUGAGCUGGCGCAGGCUGGGGCUGCCCGCGUGGCGGCGGAGGAGGCGGCUGCUAGGGUGGCGGGUGCUGCGGGGGAGGCGAUGGGGAAGGCUGAGUCAGCAGAGAGUGAGCUGGCGGCAGUGCGCAGCAAGCUGGAGGCAGAGCUGAAGGCAGCGGAGGACAAGUACGCAGAGCUGGACAGCAAGUUCAACCGUCUUCAGAAGCGCGCCAAGCAGCGGAUUCAAGAAGUCACCAAGGAGAAAGAGGAAGCGGAGAGGAAGCUUGCAGAGGAGAGGAAGCAGCAGGCGGCUCUGCAGGAGGAUUUGGAGAGAGCCAAGGGGGUGGCAGCAGAGGCACAGAGGACGGCUGAGAAAGACAAGGAUCAGCUGAGGAAGACCAACGCGUCGCUCAAAGAAGAGGUGGACGAGCUCAGACGAGCCUUAGAGCUGAAGGAGCAUAAUCUCAAGGAGUCACGGAGGCUGGCAGCGGGCAAGGAGCAGGCGUGGCUGGAGCUGUCAAGCUCAGCGCAGGAGGAGCGGGAGCGCAUGGCGGGGGCAGUGAAGGAGUUGGAGGAACGGAUGGAGCGGAUGGGGAAGGAGCAGGAGGCGCGUGCGGCUGAGCUGCAGCGGGAGCUGAAUAAGGCGCUGGAGAGCAGCAGUGCACUGCAGGUCCAGCUGUCGCAGAAAGAGCGCCAGCUGGCAGAGGUGGAGGCCGCCACGUCAGGCGAGCUGGCGCGGCUGUCGGCCACUCUGGAGGCGACACGUGGCGAGCUGCACCGGCUGGAACAGAAGCUUCAAGAGGAGAGGAGCGGGUGGGAGGAGACGGUUGCUCAGCUGAAGAGGCGGGUGGAGGGGAUGGAGAGGGGCAAGCGCAUGCAGGAGGUGGCGAUGCAGGAGGCGAAGGGGGCGUGGCAGCAGGAGGUAGAGGGCCAGAAGAAGGCUGUUGCUGCUGCUUUGGCGGAUUUGGCUGCUGCACAGGCAGAGGUGAGUGGGUGGGAGGAGACAGUUGGUCAGCUGAAGUGGCGGGUGGAGGGGAUGGAGAGGGGCAAGCGCAUGCAGGAGGUGGCGAUGCAGGAGGCGAAGGGGGCGUGGCAGGCGGAGGUGGAGGGGCAGAAGAAGGCCGUUGCUGCUGCCCUGGCGGACCUGGCUGCUGCACAGGCAGAGGCUUGGGGAGGGUAUGGGAUGCAGGAGGUGGCAAUGCAGGAGGCGAAGGGGGCGUGGCAGACAGAAGUUGAGGUGCAGAAGAAGGCUGUUGCUGCUGCAUUGGCUGACCUGGCUGCUGCACAAGCGGAGGAGGCGAAGGGGGCGUGGCAGACAGAAGUUGAGGUGCAGAAGAAGGCUGUUGCUGCUGCAUUGGCUGACCUGGCUGCUGCACAGGCGGAGGUGAGUAGAGCAGGGGUUUGGGGAGGGCUAGGCUUUGGGAGGGCUUGGGGAGGGUAUGGGAUGCAGGAGGUGGCAAUGCAGGAGGCGAAGGGGGCGUGGCAGACAGAAGUUGAGGUGCAGAAGAAGGCUGUUGCUGCUGCAUUGGCUGACCUGGCUGCUGCACAGGCGGAGGAGGCGAAGGGGGCGUGGCAGACAGAAGUUGAGGUGCAGAAGAAGGCUCUUGCUGCUGCAUUGGCUGACCUGGCUGCUGCACAGGCGGAGGUGAGUAGAGCAGGGGUUUGGGGAGGGCUAGGCUUGGGGAGGGUAUGGGAUGCAGGAGGUGGCAAUGCAGGAGGCGAAGGGGGCGUGGCAGCAGGAGGUGGAGGGGCAGAAGACGGCCGUUGCUGCUGCCCUCGCGGACCUGGCUGCUGCACAGGCAGAGGUAAGGAAGGGUGGAGGCAGGGAAACGAUGAGGGGGGAGGAGUGUUGGUGAUGCAGGAGGUGAAGGGGGCGUGGCAGGCGGAGGUGGAGGGGCAGAAGAAGGCCGUUGCUGCUGCUUUGGCGGAUUUAGCUGCUGCACAGGCGGAGGUGAGGAAGGAUUAUGGUAGUGGGGGCUUGGUAAUGAAGUUGUGCGUACCCCAACAUGAGGUGGAGGGGCGGAAGGAGGCCGUUGCUGCUGCUUUGGCUGACCUGGCUGCUGCACAGGCGGAGGUGGCGAAGGGGCGUGAUGAGCUGGCGGCGUACAAGGUGCGGGCGGCGGCGAUGCUGAAGAAGAAGCAGGAGGAGCUGGAGGCGGUGGGAAACGCGGAUGCCAUGGCGAGCAAAGAAGAGGAGAUCAAGGAGGCAAAAAGGGCAGAGGCAGCGGCAGUGGCAGAGAGGGACAGAGCGCUCAAGGCUCUGGAGGAUGCUGCUGUGGACCACGAGACACAGAUGGCAGCGCGGAACGUGGCUCUGAUGGCGGCGGAAAGUAAAAUCCGAGAGCUGACAGGCCGGCUGGAGGCGGUGCGGCAGCAGAGCCGAGCGGCCCAGGAGGAGAUGCAUGGACGGAUGAUGGACCUGGAGGAUGGGUGGCGCGAGAAGGUGCGGCAGCAGGAGGAGAAGCUGAAGGGGCAGACAGACAGCCAGACAGCAUCGCUCGAGACAGAGUUGAGGAGGAGAGUGGAGGCGGGGGAGAAGGAGCACGCGGCGUACAGAGAGAUGGUGGACAGAACCAUAGAGGCCAAGGACAAGGCGAUUGAGGGGAAGGAUAAGGAGAUUGCUCGGCUGUCUGCUGAAGCGGCACGCCUGCAGGAGGCCCUGAUCGCUGCGCAGGCUGGUGCUGCUGCUGGUGCCGCUGGUUCUGGUGGUGGUGUUGGUGGUGUUGGUGGUGCUGGUGCUGGUGGUGAGGGUGUUGGUGCUGUAAAUGCUGGUGGUGGGGAUGGUGAUGGGGUUAAGCUUGCCGGGCUGGGUGCUGCUGGGAUGGAUGGAGCGGCCAGUCCCAGGAAGCCUGCGCUCAUCUCGCCCGGUUCUCGGAUAUCAGAUCCGGGUUUCGGCAGCAAAUCAGCCACAUCCGGCCUGCCUCUCUCCCUUGAGGGGAUGGCAGACAACCCAGCAGAGAAGGCUGCAAUCGCAGAGCAACACAUCCUGUUCCUUGCACGGCAACAGGCGCAGAGGGAGGAGGAGGUAGCACAGUGUAGGCGGCACAUUCAGGCAUUGCAGGAGGAGAUCACGGAUCUGCAGAGAGAGAAUCAGCUGCGCGCCAAGCAGGAAUCUGUCUUGAAAGAGGAACUAAGGAACAUGGAGAGGGCACAGAAGCGAGAGACAGUGGACAUGACUUAUCUGAAGAACGUCAUUCUGCAGCUGCUUAUCAGAACAGACCAGAGGGCGACACUCAUUCCUGUCAUCGGCAUGAUACUGCAAUUCAGCCCAGAGGAGCCCAGAGGAGGUGAGCCUAGGGAGGCACUCUUCUGA